CUAUUUUGACUUACAGAAUGCGGUUUGUGAAGAAACGGCCUCAAAGGAGUGAGCUAGACGAUAGCGAAUCGUCGUACAGUGAUGGAGAAACUUUGCUGGAAGUAGAAAAGCACGAAUCGGAAAGUAACGUAGCGUCGAGGAAAGAGAAGACUCGCCAGCGACGUCGCCUACUCGUAAUUGGAGUCAUCGUAAUGUCUGUCAUUAUUAUCAUCGCCGUCGUGGCAUUUGUAGUGCAUAUGACGACGGAAUCGUCAGCUGACAAGUAUAAGAUUUCUAAUGAAGCCGUCAUUACCCCGUAUGUAGACAACCGCACGUAUAGAGCCAUGAAACUGGCCAAUGGACUGGGUGUUUUGCUUAUUUCUGAUGCGGGGGCGGACUAUGCGGCUGCCUCUAUGGAUGUGCACGUCGGUAGCAUGAGUGAUCCGCCUGAUGUUCAAGGUCUUGCUCAUUUUUGUGAGCACAUGCUCUUUCUUGGGACUGAAAAGUACAAGGACGAAUCGGCUUACUCGGGUUUUCUUUCCGAACAUGGUGGAUAUGACAAUGCAUUCACAUCACAAGAUCACACCAAUUAUUUUUUCAAAAUUGAGCAGCAGUCAUUUGUACAUGCUCUUGACAUGUUUGCUCAGUUUUUCAUCGCUCCACUCUUUACAGCGUCAUCUGCUGAGCGUGAGAUGCACGCUGUUGACUCUGAGCAUCAGAAAAAUCUUCAGAAUGAUGACUGGCGAAUAUGGCAGAUAACGAAAGAUUUGUCAAAUCAAAAGAGUGCAUUUCACGGCUUUAGCACAGGAAAUAUAGAGACACUGAAUGUUGCAAAUAUUCACGGUAGAUUGCUGAAAUUUCACGGGCAGCACUAUUCGUCUAACCAGAUGCAGCUAGUUGUGUUAGGUCGGGAAAAUAUAGAGACUCUGACCAAAGUUGUCUCUAAUUUGUUUAGCCCAAUUGAGAAUAAACAUGUGACAGUCUCACUUUCUUCGGCGGAUGCAUAUCCUCCUGGCUACACUGGGAAGCAAAUAUGGAUUCCAGCUGUUGAAGAUAACCACAGGCUGUUGUUGAGGUGGCCUGUACAGUCACUCUUACAUAAGUACAGGGCAAAUCCAUCUGGUUUCUUGAGUUAUUUAUUGGGAGAUGAAGGACCCGGAAGUGUCAUUGCUUUGCUGAGAGAUAAAGGAUGGGCAACUGCAUUGUCUACAGGAUCAUAUGUUGAUGUGGAUAUGUUUUCUAUGUUCGAGAUUGAAAUGACGCUAACCGAUGAGGGGCUACCUCACAUUGACUGUAUCAUAGAUGUGGUGUUUGACUACAUAUAUCUUAUUCAAACAACAGGCAUUGUGAAGGAACAGUGGCAGGAUACAAUUGAUGUCCGUACAGUCAAUUUUCGGUUCAGACCGAAAGAGGAUCCAGCAUCCUAUGUGAGGGAUCUUGCUUCUUUCCUUCGGUACGCUGAGUCGCCUGCUGAUUUUCUUGAACCGCCAUCUAGAGCUGUCUGGGAUCAUGAUCUUUUAUUGUCAGUUGUAAACACUUUGACACCUGACAAUAUGUUGGUGUUUAUACUCAGUCGUCCAUCUGGUAUUCUUGAGUGGCCAGAGCUUGAUAUGGUGGAGAAAUGGUAUAAAGUUAGAUAUCAUGUCGCCAACAUUAGCAGAGAUCGUCUUGACAAGUGGCGUGACACUUCGUCUAUCAAUGCCAGCUUGUCACUACCACCAGCCAACAACUACAUUCCUCGAGAUCUGUCACUACUUCCUUUACCGAAGAUAAAUGCUCUUUACCCAACAGCCAUACUAAAACAACAAGGCAUGGAAGUUUGGUGGAAACAGGAUGUUGUUUUUCGAACUCCUAAAGUCCACCUCUUUUGUGACUUUUCCACUCCCAUUACCUACAACUCAUCUUCGAACGCUGUUCUUUCUCAGCUCUAUCGGCAUUUAGUCGUAGACUCUCUAUAUAAGCCAUUGUAUGCAGCUGUACUGGCAGGAUACAAAGCCUCAUUCGGUCUGACAACAUUGGGUUUUACUAUGAAAUUCUAUGGUUACAGCGAUAAAGAAACAAUGAAGUUAUUUAUCAACACAGCUGUUCAACAUGCUAGAAAGAUUGCAACUGCUACUCCGGAGUAUCUUCGAGAGAACAGUCGAUAUCGUGUUGCAUUGGAGGAUACGAAACAGGCCAUGGAGAAUUACCCGUUUUCACAGCAACCCUAUCUUACUGCUUAUGACUUCACAGAUGUCGCGUUAGAAGAGACGUACUGGACGUCGUCUGAACAGUUGGAGGCUCUGAAGCACCUAAAUGAAACUGACUUUCUUCAUUUUGCCUCUCACCUGAUGGAUGCUGUUUCUGUGAAGUGCUUCGUUCACGGCAAUGUCGACAAGCAAUUAGCAUUAAAAUAUGCAAACAGUGUUGUAGAUGGUUUACAUUCAACACUAGGAGCUCCUAGUCCUGUACCAAGGCGGAUGUGUUUGAAAGCUGGUGAUAAUUUUGUAUACCGAAUGAGAGGUCUAGACCACAAUGACACUAAUUCUGCUAUACGAGGGUUGUAUCAGAUUGGUCGAGCGUGCUUUCCAGAAAGACGUAUAGAUAAAGAGAACUGUUCAAAAUCUUUACUAGAACGAAGUGUUCGCAUGAGCUUAGUCAAUCUCAUUAUCGAGAAUGCCUGCUUCGAACAGCUUCGAACACAGGAACAACUUGGCUACAUUGUAGCCUGUAGGACACACACGAACGAAGACGUUCUGUCGUUCCAGGUAAUCAUACAAAGUGCCAUCUACAAUGCUAGCUAUCUCACUGAACGAGCCGAGGCCUUUCUCAUAUUAUUCUCAGACACUCUAAAGUCAACAGUCAACAAUGCUGACUCAUUCGACAACUUGAAGCGUUCUCUACUAGAUGAGUUGCGGUCUAAGGAUCUCUCCCUCGAAGAUGCUUCCGACCGAUACUGGGGUGAGAUAGUAACCAACGAGAACCAGUUCAGUUGGGUCAGCCAGUUGAUAUCAACAGUCAAAGACAUAACUGCUGAUUCAGUCAUUCGGUUUUACGACAUGUACAUCAAUGGAAGGUCAUCACAGAGACGUCGGUUUGUUGUUGAACUCUAUGGGAAGGGAAGGUCGAUUGCAGAAGGUGGCGACGAGGACAGUAAGAUGGUUGUGUUGAAAGAGGGAGAUUUGAAAUCAUUCAAAGAAAACGCAGUCUUUUGUACUCACCCUUGAUGUAUGUAUCCCUAU